AUCGGAAGUAACUUUUCGAUAGUGUUUGUCAUUUUGCGGAAAGAACUGCAGUCGAAGACUUGCACAAGGAAAGUGGGGAAGACUUGGUUGAUUUCCACGAAAUUAUGGAAUCAACCACAUAAUCGACCAAUAAAAAACGCGAUGGAAUAGUUUUCAGGAUUUCAGACUUGGAUUAUACUUUCCGUUUGAUUGCAUUUUCAGAGAUCUUGCGAGGAAGAGAUACGUAGGAGAAACGUCAAACGUGCAGGGUUUGCAGAGGGAAAGGGAGAGAGGAGAUGUCGCCGACCGUCGCCGCCGCCGCCGAACAGGCGGAACAGCUGAAGGAGAACGGAAACCACUGCUUCCAGAAAAACAAAUUCAGCGCCGCUAUCGAUUUCUAUACCGAGGCCAUUACGCUGUGCCCUAAUGUUCCGGUGUACUGGACAAAUCGUGCUUUGUGCCAUCGCCGGCGGAAUGACUGGUUAAGACUGGAGGAGGACUGUAGAAGAGCAAUUCAGCUUGAUCAUAAUUCUGUUAAGGCACAUUAUAUGCUAGGUCUUGCUUUGCUACAGAAAAAAGACUAUUCUGAAGGAGUCAGAGAAUUGGAAAAAGCAUUGGAUCUUGGUAGAGGUGCUGAUCCUAAGAGUUACAUGGUAGAGGAGAUCUGGCAAGAGCUGGGAAAUGCAAAAUACUUGGAGUGGGAACAUGAAUCUACCUCGCGUUCCUGGGAACAGCAGAAUUUGAAAGAAUCUUGUGAGGCAGCUUUUAAGAAGAAAUAUUUACUUGAUAGCUCAGAGGCAGAAGGAUCUUCAGAUGAACAGAUUAAUCACCUCGCAGAACAACUUGAAGCUUUAAAUUUAGUGUUUAAGAAAGCUGCAGAAGAUGAUACACCAACUGAGGUUCCUGAUUACUUGUGUUGCAACAUUACACUAGAAAUCUUCCGCGAUCCUGUCAUUACACCUAGCGGCUUUACCUAUGAGAGGGCAGUAAUCCUUAACCAUUUGCAGAAGGUGGGCAACUUUGAUCCAAUUACUCGAGAACCACUCAACACAUGUCAGUUGAUACCCAAUUUGGCUAUAAAAGAAGCAGUACAAUCAUAUUUGGCUAAGCAUGGAUGGGCUUACAGGACGGAUUAAAAGUUCUACGUAUGACUUGACACCAGUUCCUUGCAUGUUGUAGAGGCAUUUAAACUCACUGGGUCUCUUCAUACUUCUUCAAUAUAAGUGCCUAUCGGGUGCUAGUAUCGCUUGUAAUGUUAGUCAGAGAUUUGUACAGUGCUAUUAUCGUUUGCUCUGUGAUUGUGAUCAAACCGUGUACAGUUGUAUGAAAGAUUGUGUGAGGCAGCAGUGGCCCUUUUCUUCUAGCUAUCAAUCGAACAAGUUUUGGAUAUUA